UCCUUCCACACGCCUUUCACCUGUUCCUGUCUCCCAUUCUCCUACAUAUACCAAAAUCCUAUUUUAGAUUUCAAAUUCCACAAAAAAUGGUGGGUUUGGAAUUGAAAUCUAACAUGAUUCCCCCCGAAAUCGCCGCCCAAUCGCCGCCGAAGCUCUGCAACGAGCUCCCGAAUGCAAUUCCGCCGCCGCCGCCUCCGGAGAUUUCGACGGCGUCCGACGAAAUUUGCGCGGCGUACGAAAGCUAUCUUCGCCUGCCAGAGAUGAAGAAGAUUUGGGGAAGAACCGAGUUCCCCGGCUGGAAAAGUGAACCGGUUUUUAAACCGGCUUUAGUGGCGCUCGAGAUUACCUUCCGGUUCAUGUCGACCGUGUUUUCCGACCCGAGGCCGUACGCCGACCGCCGGGAGUGGAGGCGGCGGGUGGAGGCGCUGGCGGCAGAUGAGGUGGAGAUUAUUGCUCUGUUGUGUGAAGCGGAUGAAGAAGAUUCCGAGACUCGCCGGAAUAUGCCGGUCGUCGAUUUGAGCUCCGCCGGCGGGGUUCUGGCGCGGGAGAAUAGCGCGGCGGAGGUGUGGCGGCGGGAGGAUGAUACGGUGGUGGUGAGCCAGGUGAGCCGAGCCAGCUUGCUGCCGCGGCUGGCUUCGUGGCCCAAGCUCGAGUCGGCGGCGCGGAAGAUUCAAUUCUCGAUAGAGUGCCGGAUGCUAGGGUGUCCGUACACGCUCGGCUUGGGCGAGCCGAAUCUGAGCGGGAAGCCGAGCCUGAACUACGACGCGAUCUGCAAGCCGUCUGAGGUGCACGCGCUGAAGAGAUGCCGAAACGACGACGUCGAGGCGGUUAAUUUGGAGAACCAGACGGUUUACACCACGCACCAGAUUUUAGAGUCGUGGAUCGCCGUCGCCGGAGAGGUUCUCGCGAGGAUCGCCGACGAGAUCGACCGCCGGCGGCACGAUACAGCGGCGAUCCAGUGCUGGAUACUGGAGAAAGUAUGGAGGAUUAUCAGUAAGAUCGAGGAUUUGCAUCUACUGAUGGAUCCCGACGAUUUCCUCCGCCUGAAAAAGCAAUUGACAAUGAAAUCGGAGCUCUUCUGCUUCCGAUCGCGCGGACUCGUCGGAAUUACGAGAUUGUCGAAGGAUUUGAAGCACAAGGUGCCGGAGGUUUUGGAAGUGGAGGUCGAUCCGAGCGGCGGUCCGAGGGUGCAGGAAGCCGCCAUGGAAUUGUACCGGAGGAAGGAGGAAUUUGCGAAAAUUCAGCUGUUUCAGGCGAUGCAGGCGGUGGAAGCGGCGGUGAAGAGAUUUUACUUUGGAUACAAGCAGGUGGUGACGGCGGUGAUGGGGAGCUUGGCGGCGAGCGGCGGAUCGGAGGAUUUGGUUAGCCAAAUAUUCCUAGAGAUGACGUAUUUUCCGAGCUUGGACGCCGCCAAGACUUUUCUAGGGGAGAUGUGAAGUAGGAGCGUACUUAAUAGAUAUGAUCAAAUUUAAUUUAAUUUAAUUUACUCAAUGAUUUGAGGUUUGUUUAGAUACGGCUUUGAGGUUUGUUUAGAUACGAUUUUUUUUUUUUUAAAAAAAAAAAGAGGUAAAAGAUCAUAUUUGAUUUGAUGUUUUGUAUUUGAUUUAUUGUUUUGUAAGAAAAAAAUUAUAUUU